AUGGUGGUGAUGGCAACCACAGAGGCUUUAGCAGAAAGGGCAGCUGGCGCUGGAGGAGGUGGAGGAGGAGACGGUCCCAGACGCAAGUUGUUCCAUGCUAAACCAGAUGCCAAUGCGUACCCCACCCUCAAGUCCAACAAGGACUUCGACCAAUGGUACAGCGUGUUUAUAACAACGGCUAGGGCACAGGGAUUCUAUGCUCUCUUUGACUCCAAUUAUGUGCCAUUGGACCAGGAGUCCGCUUCUGAGCUCCGUAGGAUGAACGAAUGGUUCUAUGCGGUCCUGCAGAAAAUCAUCAAGACAACCAAGGGCAAGGUGAUAGUCAAGGAACAUUUUCAUGAUUGUGACUGCUUUCAUAUCCUACAUGCAUUGAUCCAGGAUGCCCACACCUCUGUGGAAGGUACACUGGAGUCUGUGGAGACCCUCAACUGGCUCACCAGGGUCAAGUACUCCACAACCAAGGGUUCUGCAGUGGAGUUCAUCAUCCACUACGAUGAGGUUCUCACACGGUACAAUGACUCCAAGACCAACGCGCAAGAUAAACUCAGUGAUAGUAUCCAAAAACUGUUCCUACAGCAGGCGUUCAUCGACAUCAAGGUCCUCAAUGACAUCAGCGCCAGAGAACAGGAGAACAUGUGCAGUAACGGUGCCCACAUGUCCUAUUCGUAUGAGAAAUACAAGGAGGUCCUGACCAACGCUGCUACCAGGUUUGAUGUCAACCACAAGCUUCUACCCCCUGGUAGAUCCCGCAGAGCCAACAUGACUAUGAUCGACGCGUCUGAGGGUGAAGUCGAGCAACCUGAUGGCAUGGAUAGCCCAACGGAUGACCCCACUCAUCUCCAAGCAUUUGCGGCCAUGAGGGACCCCUCUGUCCGGCUCCCAGACCAACAUUGGACCCAACUUUCUAAUACGGGCAAGAAGAAUUGGCAUCAAUUUGAUGACCACGACAAGAAAGUACUGAUGGCAUCCCAGCCGCCAGCACCCGCCGGUCGCCAAGCCAACGUUGCCAACAGCACAAUGGACCCCCACAGUGAAGCUGACCUUGCAGUCGGGGACACACCAGGGCCAUCACUGGACGUAAACCAGGCAGAUACGACACCUUCAGUUGGCAAACCUGCGGCUUCCCCAUCACACUCGGCACCCCAGGCGAAGGCAAAUGACAAACACCCUGGGGAUGUCCGUCGAAUGAUGUCAAACAACACAGGCAAACGGCAGGGUUACACCGUCUCGUUCAGCCCUGAUACUGGUUCUGCCCCACCAUCUGCCUUUGCCAAGGCCACGGGUGAUGACAUCGACACCAAGUUACAGGCCUACUGGUCCUCUAGUCAGAUGCCUGAUGUCAGGGUUAUUCACCGCUACGGUCAAUUUAUUGAUCUCAGUGGCAUUGAUGACCAUACAGUUCAGAACCUCCAGCUUGCCACGGCAGCUGCUUACAUCCUCACAGACCAUGGUCCCAUCAUUGGUCUGAUACACCAGGGUGCUGCCAUGUCCCAUGGGAAAACCAUUCUCUCCCCAGGUCAGUUGGAGCAUUUCGGGUGCCGUGUCCAUGACAAGGCCCUGACUGUCACCGGGCUUGACCCCUACUUUGUGACCCCCAAUGGUUUCAGGGUGCCCAUGGCCAUCCAGUCUGGGCUACCCUAUGUCCAACUGCGGCCACCUACUGACCAGGAGCUCAGUGACAGUAGUAUCCCCCAUGUGGACCUCACCAGUCCUCAUGCCUGGGAUCCCUCCUGUCUUGACUCUGUCCCUGCGGAUGACUGGUUCCUUCAGCAGGACAACACCCUCUACGAUGAUGGGGAGUUCCCACUGGACCCUCUUGGGCGACUUCGAGUGUUUGAUGACGACUUCGUUGACCACUCUGACCGCCAGAACCAGUCCAUUGAUCGUCGUGGCAUUAUGGAAGCCAUGGCACACAUCAUCUCCGACGAGAUUGACCUUCCCCCCCUCAUGGAACGAGCAUCCCACGGUUAUGACUCCGACUCUUCGGAUGACAGUGACGGUUAUGCUUCUGAUCCUGAUACUCCAUGGCAAUGCCAUGUACAAACCCGGGCCCAACGCCGGCGCCGGCCCACCCCUUUGGCAGCCCCUUUGUCAUCAGGUGCUGGGGAGGAUUGUUCAGGACCACCUUCAACACAAGCUCAGCCAAAGGUUGAGACUGUAUCGGACGACGAGGACACGGAACCACUUCGGUCCAACAACAAGGCCAAACACCACACCGGUCUUGAGUUCCCACCCAAGUCCAAGAAGAUCAAGACUCAGAGCACAGCCAAACUCAGGAGGUUCUUCCCAGGAGUUACCGAUGAGACUAUCAAGCGAACUCUCGAUGCUACCACUCAGUAUGGAACCAAGGGCGCCACUCAGGGAAGGACACUUAGAGGUCAGAUCGUGUCUCCCAACCCCAUCCUGAAUAUCCCAAGACGACACGAAGAUGUAGCCACGGAUACAAUCUAUAGCAGCACGCCAGCUAUUGAUGAUGGGUCCACUGCAGCCCAACUUUUCAUUGGCAGGACCUCCCACUACAGGACACUUUGCCCCGCUGGGAGCUCUGAUGCCAGUUAUAUCAGGAAUCUGAUGGAUGAGAUCAGAAAGCUUGGUGCCAUGAACAGGAUACGGUCCGACAAUGCUAAGGCCCAGUGCAAUCAGAGGGUCAAGGAUAUCUACAGGACCUUUUGCAUCGACGACUGGCACUCUGAGGCCUACAAGGGCAACCAAAACUUUGCUGAGUUGGGCUGGAGGGAUACGAAAGCGAAGAUCCAAAUGGUACUGGACACCCGGGAUGUCCCCUCUGAGUGCUGGCUCCUGUGUGGACAGUUCAUAUCCGCUCUACAGAACCACAUCGCCCUGGAAUGCCUUGGUUGGCGUACACCUUUUGAGUGGUUGUUCGGUUUCACACCGGAUAUCUCAGCCCUUAUUCAGUUUGAGUUCUACGAACCUGUAUAUUACCAGAAGUACGGUGGUUCAUUUCCAGAAGAUUCUGUUGAGGCGGUGGGCCGGUUUGUCGGGGUAGCGGAAGACGUGGGUCAUGGGAUGACUUACAAGAUAUUGACGGAGUCAGGCAAAGUCAUAUGCAGGGCGGUGGCCAGGACGGCAAGGAAGGGAGCUGAACUCAGCAACUGGAAGGCUGAUGGACUAGCCCCGAAACUGGCCCCCAAACCAAAGCCAAUCUCAGGACAGAAGGACUCCACAAGCGAAGCUGACCUUGUAGUCGGGGCCGCUCUGGAGACUGAAGUGAUUGAGAAAGGCAUCGAGAUAGAGGAGACGGAGGAGAAUGGGGAGUUUCACAACUCCAUACGCAAGGAUAUCCUAUCCAAUCUUGAGCACAGGGAUGUCCUAGACGGUGGCAACCUGCCAGUCAUUGACAUAACCAACCUUCUUAACAGGACCUUCAUCACCCACCCCAACGAGGAAGGCGAGCAGCAUAGAGCCAAGAUUGUGUCUGCCGAGGCCACAGGAGAGACCAACGCAGACGGAUGCUGGAAUGGUGUGAAAGGGACCUAG